AUUGAUGCUGAAUGUUGUUCGUUAGAAAGAGAAAGAGAAAAAACAAAAAACAAAGUUGACGGCUUCUGACUAGUUAUGACAGCAAGAUCAUGCCAGCAAGAUCAGGCAAGUACACGCAUUUGAAUUUGCUGUUAUGCAUCUAGCUAUGUUAUUUCAAUGUGAUGUUUAUACUCUUAAGUUUUAAAGAACAACAAAUACCGAUUUUUGAUCAGAAAAUAGGCAUCUGCACAGAUGCCGUAUCUCUCUAGUCAUAUGACGUCUCCACUUCCUGCUUGGAGUACCAAUUUUGAGACAACGCUGUUUUCUCCUCUAAUAAGAAAUGUUUCCAGAUAUAAUUUAUGGUACUCAUUAAACAUGAAAAUACCAAAAGGAUGGAUGAUGUAGCGCAGCUCGAAUCAAUCAACAGAUUAGCAGGGAACGGUUUUUAUUGACAUCUUGAAAUGUACAAAAAAAAUUCAUUUCCCAAGAUCCAAUGCAUGUCCGAAGGGGCGCGACGUCUCGAGGAUUUUUGACAGAAGAAAAUAAGAUAGUCUGCUUCCGCGCGCGAUUUAUAAUGUUUUGCUCACUUUGCGAAAUCUCUUGAGUUUAGCUAACAUUUCACAGUUAUAAUGACUUGAAUGUCAAUGCAUUUAACCUAGCUGGUCCUAUUUUCUCGGAAGAUAAGAUUGUAAUCAAAUGUCAUGGAGCGGCCUGCCAGCGGAAAACUCAGCAAUCAAGAUUGCCAGGCUGGUGGCACCCUAUCAACAUUGUUUGUCGUUUGUGGUAGCCAGCGGCAACAAAUAUUAACAUGACAACUGGGCCAUGCGCAGCUGGAGGUGGCAGUUCUCCAGGAUGAUGAGCCUUUGCCUGCGCUGGUGCCGGCUGUGUCCUAAGCGAGGGGUGCGCCCCAGCAAGCCCCGGAGGAAGCUAGGAGAGCUGUGGAGCUACUGGAAGCUGCUGCUCAACUCCCUCUACUUCAACAGCCUCACCAACUCUGACACCUACCUGGACUGUGUCUUUGAACCCAUCUACUGGAUUGUGGACAAUGUGACUCGCUGGUUUGGGGUGUUUUUUCGCCUUUCACGCUCCCUCAUGAGUUGUUCCCUCUGUCCGUGUCCUCCUCUCCUCUGUUCCCAGGUAUUUGUGUGCCUGGUGAUUGCCCUCACCAGCUCUGUGGUGGUCAUUGUCUACCUGUGCCUGUUGCCUGUUAUCCUCAACACCUACCCACUGCUGUGGAUCAUCUGGCACCUCACCUAUGGCCACUGGGUCCUCAUGAUGGUCCUCUUCCACUACUACAAGGCCACCACCACCUCCCCUGGACACCCACCACAGGUUAAAAGUGAUACACCGUCAGUGACCAUCUGUAAGAAAUGCAUCGUCCCCAAACCAGCCAGGACUCACCACUGCAGCAUCUGCAAUACGUGUAUUCUGAAGAUGGAUCACCACUGUCCUUGGCUCAACAACUGUGUGGGCCACUUCAACCACCGCUACUUCUUCUCCUUCUGCCUGUACAUGACCAUGGGCUGCAUGUACUGCAGCGUCAGCUGCAAAGACAUGUUCAUAGAGGCUUACAACGCUGUCGAGAGCUACUAUCAGACCCCACCAGCACUGUUUUCCUUCAGGGAAAAGAUGGUUCACAAUGGUGUCAUUUUCAUUUGGGUGCUGACAAGUUCGGUGGCAGUUGCUCUGGGAGGUCUGACCCUGUGGCAUGCUAUCCUCAUCACUCGAGGAGAGACCAGUGUGGAGAGACACAUCAACAAGAAAGAAAUCAGACGUUUAAAGGAGAAAGGAAAGGUGUUCCGAAAUCCAUACCACUAUGGGAAAAUAAACAAUUGGAAAGUUUUGUUUGGUGUGGAGGAGACGAGUCACUGGUUGACCAGAGUCCUCCUGCCGUCUAGCCACGUUCCCCAUGAAGAUGGACUGAUAUGGGAAUGCCCUCGGGCUCUCACCAGAAGAGACCCUAUGACCAUUUAACCUCCCACUACUCGCUGCUGGACAGUUUCUCAUCUCCACUUUAUGGGCCAUAAUCACUGCUAUAGCCCUGGCCCCUGGAUGGUGGGGUAGACAGAAUACUUAUUUUAGCCUCUGAGGAGUGGACUAUUUGGUGUUGAUUGUGGCCCAUGAGUCCAGGGACCUUAAUCGGACCGCCAGUCACUGUCAUGUGAACUGAUGGUCCUGUCUUUUAAUAGUCUCCUUGUCUUGUGGACUGACUGUUUUUGUACUGUUAGGUAUGUUGUCCAAAGUUGAUGUGAAGUGUCUGCUUUUUAAUUGUAUUGAAGUCACAGAAGAAGCAGUUUGGACUUUUUCAGUGCCAAAGAACAGCUUUCCACCAAAGGCUAGGUUCGAGCUAGAUAACCACAUGCCUUGGCCAUUGUCCAACUAUGGGUGAGUAGUCUGGAGACUUUGACAGAAUUACAUAAACAAUAUUACUAUUCAGGCUCCAGUUAGAUUAUGGUGCUCAUGUUACUGAGCAGUGCCCCUGUCAAUAUUAGGAAUUGUCAAAACAUUGCUAUGUGCCUUGUUAUGUUAAAUCUUUAACCUGUUUUCUAUUUGUUAAUUAUCAGGCACUAAUGCAAAGUACAGUAAUGUAUUUUCUACUGUUAUCCAACCUCUCCCACAUUGAUUUCCCCACUAAAAAGUUGCGUGUACACUACACGAUUUUGGUCACGA